AUGGUAUGCGAAUUUGCAGUGAGGCUGGGGACUAAAUUUUCUGAAACGGUGAAGGGGAAGUUGACUGUUGGGGCCAAAAUAAUCAAGAAAGGUGGUAGAGAAAACAUUUUCAAGGACAUUUUUUGUGUCAUCAAUGGAGAGAAGCUAUUGAAGGCAUCUCAGUCUUAUUUAUCAACCUCAGCAGGGCCAAUUGCUGGGAUUUUGUUUAUCUCUACAGAAAAGGUUGCAUUCUGCAGUGAAGAUCCAUUACUGUCCAAUCCUCUUCUGAAGCCCUUAUCAAAACUCUUUACAAGUGAGGCUGGGCCUAAAUUUUUUGAAACGGUAAAGGGGAAGUUGAGUGUUGGGGCCAAAAUAAUCAAGAAAGGUGGUAGAGAAAACAUUUUCAAGGACAUUUUUGGUGUCGUCAAUGGAGAGAAGCUAUUGAAGGCAUCUCAGUGCUAUUUAUCAACCUCAGCAGGGCCAAUUGCUGGGAUUCUGUUUAUCUCUACAGAAAAGAUUGCAUUCUGCAGUGAAGAUCCAUUACUGUCCAAUCCUCUUCUGGAGCCCUUAUCAAAACUCUUUACAAGAUUUCUGUUCCCGUGA